GGGGGGGGCUCUCUUCGUCUUGCCUUGCUCCACUGCUCCUCCUUCCUGAGCUGGCUUCUGCUUUACAGGUCUGGCAGCUCUGCUGAUUUCGUUUCUUGCUCUUUGGUUCUUGGGGAGGAUGGAUCCAUAAGGAAAUGCAACGGCUUCCACUGAGGUGCAUUGAUGCGGUCUGCUUGCCGUUUUGCUAGAUUUUGGAUUCCUCCGGUCUGGUGCUUAGCUGCCACUGUCUUGUAGGUUCAGCUUUGGCUUUUGCUUGGAAUCUUUACUGUUUAGCCUCCUUGCCCUUUAUCCUAGUCCCAUAUCCUUGCCUUCAGCAAGAAGCAUGAAUCUUGCCGAAAGUGCUGAUUUAGUUUGAAGCACUUCUAUGCUUCGGUAUAGUUCUCUCCUAUUGUGUGGAGCAUAUCUUUUUUUGUUGAGAUUUUUAUCGUGAUCUGAGGCCCUAAUUGGAGCCAUGGCGAAAGACUACCCGGUCUCUCCCAAAGCCCAGCAGCUGCAGGAGUCCAAGAAGCAGCGCCUGACCUACAUCCUCGUGGUGAGCGCGCUCUGCAUCGCCUUCUACUUCCUUGGCGCAUGGCAGAACACCACGCAGCCCACGCUGCCGAAGCCUGUGGGCAACUCCGCGGCGAUCACCCGGGUUGGCUGCGACCCCGCUACGACGCAGUCCUCCUCCGGCUCGGUGCCGUCGUUCGGGUCGGCCUCCGGCGACGCGCUUGACUUCGACGCGCACCACCGGCUCACCAUCAACGACACGGAUGCCGGCGCCGCGCUGCAGCAGUUCCCGGCGUGCCCGCUCAACUUCAGCGAGUACACGCCGUGCGAGGACCGGACGCGCGGGCGGCGGUUCGACCGCGCCAUGCUGGUGUACCGUGAGCGGCACUGCCCCGGCAAGGACGAGCAGGUCCGGUGCCUCAUCCCGGCGCCGCCUGAGUACAAGACCCCCUUCAAGUGGCCGCAGAGCAGGGACUACGCCUGGUUUAACAACAUCCCCCACAAGGAGCUCAGCAUCGAGAAGGCUGUGCAGAACUGGAUCCAGGUGGAGGGUGACAGGUUCAGGUUCCCUGGCGGCGGCACCAUGUUCCCGCGCGGCGCCGACGCGUACAUCGAUGACAUCAAUAAGCUCAUCUCGUUGUCGGACGGGAAGAUCAGGACGGCGAUCGACACAGGCUGCGGGGUUGCUAGUUGGGGGGCUUACUUGCUGAAGAGGAACAUUGUUGCCAUGUCGUUUGCGCCGAGGGACACGCACGAAGCUCAGGUGCAAUUCGCACUGGAAAGAGGUGUCCCUGCCAUCAUCGGCGUGAUGGGGAAGCACCGGUUGCCUUACCCAUCGAGGGCUUUUGAUAUGGCACAUUGCUCGCGCUGUCUGAUUCCUUGGUAUGCAUAUGAUGGACUAUAUCUUGCUGAAGUCGAUAGAAUUCUAAGGCCAGGAGGUUAUUGGAUUCACUCGGGUCCGCCAAUCAAUUGGAAGACACACUACAAGGGGUGGGAGAGGACCAAGGACGACCUCAAGCAAGAGCAAGACAAGAUUGAGGAUGUCGCGAGGAGCCUUUGCUGGAACAAGGUGGUUGAGAAGGGGGACCUCUCCAUCUGGCAGAAGCCUAAGAACCACCUUGAGUGUGCCAACAUCAAGAAGACCUAUAAGAUACCCCAUAUAUGCAAGAGUGACAAUACUGAUGCUGCUUGGUACAAGCAGAUGGAAGCAUGUGUUACUCCAUUGCCUGAAGUAAGCAACCAAGGAGAAGUUGCCGGUGGAGCGGUGGAGAAAUGGCCAGAAAGGGCAUUUACAGUUCCCCCAAGGAUUAAAAGGGGCAUGAUUCCAGGAUUGGAUGCUAAGAAAUUUGAUGAGGACAAGAAGUUGUGGGAGAAGAGGUUGGCAUACUACAAGCGCACCAUACCCAUAGCAGAGAACAGGUACAGAAAUGUGAUGGACAUGAACGCAAACAUGGGCGGGUUUGCUGCUUCUUUAGUAAAGUACCCUGUAUGGGUGAUGAACGUCGUUCCGGUUAAUUCUGAUCGGGACACCCUUGGGGCAAUAUAUGAACGAGGAUUCAUCGGCACAUACCAGGACUGGUGUGAAGCUUUCUCCACAUAUCCAAGAACAUAUGACCUCUUGCAUGCUGACAAUUUGUUUAGCAUCUACCAAGACAGGUGUUAUAUUACCGACAUCCUCUUGGAGAUGGAUAGGAUACUGAGGCCCGAGGGCACAGCUAUCAUCCGUGAUACAGUCGACGUCCUGACCAAAGUCCAGGCAAUAACCAAACGAAUGCGAUGGGAGAGCCGCAUCAUGGACCACGAGGACGGCCCCUUCAACCCAGAGAAGGUCCUCAUGGCGGUCAAGACAUACUGGACCGCCGACACAUCAGAGAAGCAUUAGCACACAGGCGACAUAGCUCACUGAAAGCCUGAACCAGGCUUGUUUUACCAGCUGUGAUGAUGGCAUCUGGACUUUGCCAUCUCGGUGUAGUAUGAACUUUGAACGGAAAGUUAAGGGAGGUUUUUGGGUGUGGUUGGGCCUCUGGUGAUUGGUAUCAAGGGAAGAAGUGCAGAUCGUGCAUAGGUUCCUGGCCUAAGUUUCACACAAGGGGCAGAGCAUAGAUUUUAGUUUGUAAUACGGUGGCACCGAAAAAACAGGCAGUGUUACUCUAUAUUGCGUUAAAUAGGUAUUAAUUCAGUUUGCUUCUGAACUUUGAAUUGCUUGAAAUGGUCAGUUCAGUUGAUGCAA